CGGUGCCUUCAGCAGUGGCGACCAGAGCCGUGCCUCCAGGGGCGUCUCGAGUGGCCAGUCCGGGCUCUGGCUGACCACCGCUGCAGCGAUGGCUGCAGGCGAGGGUGGCGGCAUAGACGUAAACGAGUGGUACCUCGUCGGGGCGGAGACAGUGUGCGCCGCAACCCAGACGGCACCAGCGCCACUGCCGCCCGUGGAGCCGCCACAGGUGCCAUACCACGUGUGGUCUUUGCUGGACGCCGGCGGCCUGGGUGGCACCGUGGCCCUCGCGUCCGCGGGCGCCAUCCUCGGGAUCUCCCUGGGCGCUGCGCUCGCGCUGCGGUGGCGGAGGUCGGCGGCAGAGCCGCCAGCAGCAGCAGCAGCAGCAGCAGCACCGGCACCAGCAGCGGAGGGCGCGGUGGCCCAGCGGAGCCUCCCCGCGGAGCGCCCCGGCCAGCAGGCCGCGGCGGAGGCCGCGGCGGCGGCCGCGGUAGUGGGCGCCCGCGAGCGGCUGGCGGGCACGGCCGCGGCGGCGCCGGCGGCGGCGCCGCAGCCCAGAGCCCAGCCAGUGGCGGGGGCGGCGGCGCAAGGGCGAGGGAGCGGGGGCAUGUGGCGGCCGGGCCUCGUCGCGGGCCUCGGCCUCGGCUCCCUGCUCUCCUCCGUGGCGCUCGGCUGCCUCGGGCUGCGCCGGCUGAGGCUCGCGGGCGCGGCGCGCGGUGCGGCGGGGGCGCCCGCUGCGCGCCCGGCCCGCGUGGCCGCGCCGGUGCCUGCAGUGCUCGUGCAGGCCAGCAGCCCCCCGAUGCUGCCCCUCCGCCCCGCCCCGCUGCUGCUCGGCGCGUCGCCCGGGCAAAUGCUCCCCUUCGGGGCGCGGCUCCCCGUUCGGCCGCCGCUGCAGUACGCCGCCCCGGACAAGCAGGAGAACGCUUCGCCAGCGUGGACGUCUGCUUUCAGGUCAUGCGCAUGGCGUCCCCGGGGCAGUACGGCCACCGGGCGCGCUGCGCCGACGUCGCCGUCGUGA